AUGCCUUCAUCCGAUAGUCUUGGGAGGCGGGCCUCACACGGCGCCGCCAGCCUGGCGACGUCGGCAUCUUCUAUACACGGGGCAGCAGUUGGGUUUCGAGAAGGCCUGGGCUUGGCUGGAGUUGCGAGGAGGACUUUGGGAAUCUGCUUCCUUCUUUUGACGGUGUUUCUAUGGACGCUGUCCAACUUUCUCGCCAGCUUCAUCUUUUCCGAUGCAACCUACGAUAAGCCCUUUUUCCUCGUCUACUUCAACACUUCCAUGUUCGCCAUCUCUUUAAUACCCAUGUUUAUACGAUACCUACUCCAGAAAGGAUUCCAUGGACUGCGAAGCGACGUCAGGCGCAUGUGGGCAGAGCAUCGAUACCAAGCCGCCCCAGAUGAACAAGACCCCAUGUCACCAACAUCGACUCCUUCAAAAGAGAAGCUCAGCUUCCGAGAAACCGCAGUUCUGAGCCUCGAGUUCUGCAUGCUGUGGUUCCUCGCAAACUAUUUUGCCUCGGCAUGCCUCGAGUAUACCAGCGUCGCCAGCGUCACGAUCCUCACAUCCACGAGUAGUGUCUGGACUCUAGUGUUUGGCUCCAUGUUUGGCGUCGAGACCUUUUCCCUGCGCAAGCUGGUUGGAGUCGUGGCGUCUCUUACCGGUAUCAUACUAAUUUCUAUGGUGGACCUCUCAGGCAAGAGUGACGAGAACAGAGGAUCGUUCCCACACAAGACUCCCGGGCAAAUUGCGCUGGGAGAUGCCAUGGCGUUUUUGAGCGCCGUGGUUUACGGCAUAUAUGUCACCGUUAUGAAGCGACGAGUUGGUGACGAGGACAAGGUCAACAUGCAGCUAUUCUUUGGGUUGGUGGGAGUGUUUAAUCUGGCCCUGUUGUGGCCGCUCUUCUUCAUCCUCCACUGGACGGGUCUUGAACCGUUCGAGCUGCCUCCUACGAGCCAGAUUUGGACCAUCAUUAUAGUAAACGCAAUUGCGUCUUUUGUCAGUGACAUAUCCUGGGCACUGGCCAUGCUCCUGACGACGCCCUUGGUCGUCACCGUGGGCCUGUCUCUGACCAUCCCGCUCUCCCUCAUUGGCGAGAUGGUCCAGUACCAGCAGUACUCCAGCGGCGUUUACUGGGUCGGCGCGGCCGUUGUCUUUGUCUCAUUUGUGUUUGUUAAUCACGAGACAAAGGAGGAGGACACGAGCAAGACGGUAAACGUCACAGCAGGUCUCGGCUCGGCUUCCGACCCUGAUGGUGCCGACGGAGGUGCAGGCUAUGGACGAUUGUAA